CAUAAACCAAAAGCAAAGGAAAAAAAAUUAAAAGUUAAGCUUGAGAAGAAGAAGAAGAAGAAGAAGAUGCAUUCGGCGAAGGAAAAGAUCAGCGACAUGGCCAGUACGGCCAAGGAGAAGCUCAACAUCAGCGAAGCAAAGGCUCAAGGUCAUGCGGAGAAGACGAUGGCGAGGACUUCAAAAGAGAAGAAGAUGGCUCACGAGCGAGAGAAGUCUAAGGAAGCGCAGGCCAAGGCCAACCUCCACCAAUCCAAGGCUGACCAUGCGGCCGAUGCUCAGCUUCACGGCCACCAUCUUCCCGGACACUCCACCUACCCUACCCGAUAUUAAGAUUAGCGGUUUAGUUUGCACUGGCUAUAUAUAUAUAUAUAUAUAUAUAU